AUGGAACGCUUAAGUGGAACUGAACUAUUACAAGAAGCAGGACGUCUCCUUGCAGAGAAUAAAUAUAAGGAAGCAGUCAAAAUUUUCGACAUUUUAGUUGAAAAAUUGCCAGAUGUACCUAUUCCGUUAUUGAGCAGAUGUACUUGCCUUAUACAGCUAGAAAAAUACAACGAAGCUUUAAAAGAUGGUCUUAAGAUACUCGAACUUCCCAACGGACCGAUAGAUGAGGAUGUUGCUAAUGGGUGUACAACAGUUCAUAGUGUUGCAUAUGUGAGAAUCGCAAAAUGUUAUAAAGAGUUGGGAAAGACGAGCGAUGCUGAAUCAAUGAUAAGAAAAAAAAAUGAGAUCGAACAAUCCAUAAUUCGUAAUAUGGCUAAAUCGUCACUAGUCGAAAGUUUGCCACCUGACGAACCAUCUAAAUCUCUUGCAGAAAAAUUACGAAUACAAGGCAAUGAACUGUAUAAUCACUCAAAAUUCAAAGAAAGCGCGGCUAUUUAUUCCGAAGCAUUAAAAAACGAUCCGGAUAAUUUGUUGAUCCAUUCGAAUCGAGCGCAGGCGUUGUUACAAUUAGGUGAUUUAGAGAAUGCACUUUGGCAUGCGGAUACUUGUAUACGAUUAAAUCCGAAAUGGGCUAAAGGAUAUUAUAGAAGAGGGUGUAUAUUGUUAGAAAAAAAACAAUAUAACCAAGCCAUAAUUGCUUUAGAGACUGCCAGCAAUUUUGGGUCAACAGAUAAAGAAUUAUCUAAAAAGCUGAAGAUUGCUAAACAGUUUCGAAAACAACAACAAACUUCCGAGAAUCUUAGUGUGAAAAACGAGGCUUCAAACUUUAUAAAUAUGUCAAUUAUUGGAGCGUUGACAAUUAUUGGUUGGAUAUUUGAAUGA